AUGAAGUUUCUGGCUCUCAUCGUAUAUGUCUUCGUAAUGCUGAGUCUGGUUUCCAAACUGGAGGCUCGCCAGCGUUUCUACUGCCUGUGGAGCACCAAAAGGACCUGUUCAAGGACCAGUCCCAAAUGCCUUCGACUCCAGUCGGGAGUUGAUGCAGAGAAUAAUGCGGUAUACACAUGCAAAUACUAUCGCGACGAUUGCAAGUACCUUCUGGAUAAUUGCAAAGGCAGUACAGCUUAUGGCCAACUUGGCAUAUCGGUGAAUGUGGUUACUUAUUGCAUUGGAAAUAAUAUCGCCAUUGGAGGAACGGGAGACUGCACAUAA